AAGGCUCAACGCGCGCGUCUCUGACGUAAUUUAUGCGCGACUCUUGUUUUUCGGCGCUGCGUUUCCCUAUUUCUCUAAACUAUGCCUAAAGUUGUGUCCAGAUCUGUUGUCUGCUCCGACACCCGGGACCGGGAGGAGUAUGACGACGGCGAGAAGCCCCUCCAUGUGUACUACUGUCUGUGUGGCCAGAUGGUUCUGGUGCUGGACUGUCAGCUGGAGAAAUUGCCUAUGAGGCCCCGGGAUAGGUCCCGUGUGAUUGAUGCUGCCAAACAUGCGCACAAGUUCUGUAACACAGAAGACGAGGAAACGAUGUAUCUUCGCAGGCCUGAAGGUAUUGAACGACAGUACAGGAAGAAGUGUGCAAAGUGUGGACUGCCACUCUUCUACCAGUCCCAGCCAAAGAAUGCCCCCGUGACCUUCAUUGUGGAUGGAGCAGUAGUCAAGUUUGGCCAGGGUUUUGGCAAAACGAAUAUAUAUACUCAGAAGCAAGAGCCUCCUAAGAAGGUGAUGAUGACCAAACGGACUAAAGACAUGGGCAAGUUCAGCUCUGUCACUGUGUCUACUAUUGAUGAAGAGGAAGAGGAGAUUGAGGCUCGGGAAGUUGCUGAUUCCUAUGCACAGAAUGCCAAAGUGAUUGAAAAACAGUUGGAGCGCAAAGGCAUGAGCAAAAGGCGGCUGCAGGAGCUGGCUGAACUGGAAGCCAAGAAAGCAAAAAUGAAGGGGACUUUGAUUGACAACCAGUUCAAAUGAGCAGGACCUUUUUCUGAACCCAGACUAGACACAAGCAUUUAGACCAAAAGGCAAAAUAAUUUUCUUUCCUUUUUAUUUAAUUUAUUGGGGUGACACUGGUUAACAAAAUUAUAUAGAUUUCAGGUGUCCAGUUCUAUAACACAUCAUCUUAUAUUGUAUUGUGUGGUCACCACCCAGGGUCAAGUCUCUGUCCAUCCCUAUUGAUCCCCCCUUUACCCUCCUCCACUUUCCCCCUCCCUGCCUCCCCUUGGCAGUCACCACACUGUUGUUCCUGUCCAUGAGUAAAAGAACUUUUCAUUGACUGCAUAGACUGGCUCCUACCUUUAUGCACCAGCAAAAGGCUUUAUGUUGCUUCCUACAUUCGGUGAAGUCUUUGAGUCCAUCUGACCUGCUUUCUAGAGGUGAAUUUUAAAAAUCUUUCUAUUGAUAUAUAUGUGUCUUCCGCACUGUUUUUGUCCAUUUGAUGUAACUUAUUUAGCUACACAGAAACUAUGAAAAUAUCUCUGGUUUGUAAAGUAGUUGGUCUUUAAUAAAAUGUUUAAAGAUUUUUGGAAAAAACAUUGUGGUGUGUUAUACAAAAAAGUGGCAUGGAUUAGAUUUUAAAGUUACAGUAAGUUAGAUCCUAGUAGGUUACUCUGUCUUUCUUCCUAGACUGGCAGGUGUUACUAGGGCUUGAAUUUCUCCUACUGGGAGAGAAAAUCCAUAAAAAGCCAGAAUCUGCAUAAAGCUUCCUUUACUUCAAAUAUGAAAGCUAUAAGUGAGCUGCCCCUUAUCAGACUUUGUACUUAAAGAAGCAAAAGAAAGAUUGGAGUGAGGGGUAGGAUAGGUGAGAUCUGAAUGAAAAUGGAAUCUCAAUAACCAACUCAGGGGAUUUACCAUCCUGUCAAAUAAGAGUACUGCUUCUGUUUGUGGGUACGUGGGAGGGAGAUAUUAUAGAGUAAGAAAGGAUGCUGGGUAUUUUAUUUCACAUUUGCUAUUUGUGGAGGAGUCUUAUAAAUAUUUAAUGUUACAUUGCUUCAGUGAUAUCAAUAUGUAGUGCUUGUAUCUAUAUUUUCAUCUGUUCAUCUGUGUUUAAAAGUUAUCGCCUG